AUGUCCGACAAGAGCGCGGCCUUUUUACGGGACACGGUGGCAGUAGCAGAAUCCGUUCUUGGCAGCAUACAGAAAGGAAUCGAUGAGUUUGAUGUUUCCAUUCCUGAAAUCCAUCUUCGAGUACCUCAAUCCUUGAAAGACUUUCUGGCCGGGGCCACUAAAGCGGAAGAGGAACCCACGGUGAAUCACAAGUUCUCCGAAAACAAAGCCGAUGCCGAACAACAACGAAAGCAACGAAAGAGUGAGCAGCCUGGAGAUGACAGUGGAGAUCCUGGCAACGGUGGAGGCGCAGCAACAGCAGCUGCUGCGGCAGCUGCUGUGUAUCUUGCUGAUAGCGAAGACGAGGAAGAGGAGCCAGCGCAGAAAAAAGCGCGCAAGAAAUCCAAGCGGCAAUCCACGAUGUCCGUGCAUGAUGAGCAAUUAAUGAUGCUUACGAAAAAAUUGAUUGAAAUUCGAAGUAUCCUCAUGUCCAUCGAUCACAACGAGACACUGAAAUUGCCGAGUAUCGUGGUGAUUGGAUCCCAGAGUUCCGGCAAAAGCUCCGUAUUAGAGGCGAUUGUGGGUCAUGAAUUCUUGCCAAAAGGAACCAAUAUGGUCACUCGACGUCCGAUUGAAUUGACAUUGAUCCAUACGCCAGGUCAAGAUGAGGAAUACGGUGAAUUUCCUCAACUUGGACUCGGCAAAAUGCACGAUUUCAAAAAGAUUCAGAAGACACUGGUGGAUAUGAACUUGGCGGUAUCGGAAGAGGAGUGCGUUUCGGACAAACCAAUCGAGCUUCGUGUUUAUUCUCCCAAUGUUCCUGAUUUGACUCUGAUCGAUCUGCCGGGUUAUAUCCAGAUUUCCAAUCGCAAUCAACCGGAAACACUGAAAAACAAGAUUGAAGAUUUGUGUGAAAAGUAUAUCCGAGGUCCCAACAUCAUCUUGGCCGUGUGUGCCGCCAAUGUCGAUCUCGCGAAUUCGCCCGCAUUGAGAGCCAGUCGCAAAUGGGAUCCUUUAGGUCUGCGCACCAUUGGUGUCAUUACCAAAAUGGAUCUGGUUUCACCCGAAGUUGGUGCCGGUAUUCUUCGUAAUGCGGAUUAUCCUUUGCAUCUCGGUUACAUUGGUGUCGUUUGCAAAGCCCCCGAUCGCAUCGAAGGCAAUAUGACGAAUGCCUUGAUUCGAAGCGAAGAAGCGUUUUUCCGUCAUCAUCUGAUUUACAAUCAGCGUGAUAUCCAGGUCGGCACAGCGACAUUGCGACAUAAACUGAUGAAUGUCUUGGAACAAAGCAUGGGCAAAUCGCUGUACAGCAUUGUGGAUGCCGUGCAACGUGAAUUGGAGGAAGCCCGAUACCAGUUCAAGGUGCAAUACAACGACCGACGGGUGACGGCUGAAUCAUAUGUUGCAGAAACGAUGGAUUCUCUCAAGCACAAUUUCAAAGAUUUCGCUACUCGCUUCGGUAAACCUCAAGUACGCCAUGAAAUCAGCGAGUUGCCGAAAAGUGGAUCCGACGACAUUUACUGGUUGUACAAGAUCGAUUUGGCCUCGGCGGCUCUGACCAAGAGCGGUAUUGGUCGAUCCACCACGCAAUUGGUGGUUGACGUACUGAUGAGCAACAUGGAACGUCUAGCCAAUGCGGAACCCUUUACCUUCCAUCCUGACACGCGCAAACAAAUCAUGAAUUUCACCAGCGAAAUUCUGCGAGCCAAAUACUUGACCACCAGCGAUCAAGUGGAGAACACCAUCAAACCUUACAAAUACGAGGUGGAAGUGACCGAGAUGGAAUGGAGCGAUGGUGUGAAGCGGUCGGUCGCAUUGUUGGAGAAAGAACUGGAAAUGUGUGAACAGAUGGCGAGCACGAUUAAAAACGCGGUUGGAAAGAAGAAACUUCGAAGUGCCAUCAACUAUCUUUUGGAUUCUGAACGGGCGCAUGAUCGUCAGCAGCCAAUAGCCGAAGAUGGUGAUGGAUCCACUGAUUCAGCCAUGUUUGCUCAAGAUGAUGAAGAAGUGGUGAAACCCUUUUAUAAUCCGCGUGUGCUCGAAAAAGCCAAAGAAGCGUUGUAUUUGCGAGACCGAGCCAUGAUCCUCAAAUAUCGCAUCGCUGCUUUGAAAAGCCGUCAAUGCAAAUCCGCAGAAAAUAAGCAGUACUGCCCUGAAGCAUUUUUAAAUGUGAUUGCUGAAAAGUUGACCUACACAGCUGUCAUGUUCAUUCAAGUCGAAUUGUUGAAUGAAUUCUUUUUCCAAUUCCCACGCGAAGUCGACAAUCGUCUAGUCUACGAAAUGAACCGUCAACAAAUCCAACAGUUUGCUCGAGAAAACCCGCCGAUACAGAAACACUUGAAUCUGCAGGAACGCAAGAUGAAACUCGAAGAAGUCAUGGAUAAACUCAACUAUCUUGUGAAACGACAAGCAGAUAGGCAGGAACGCGGUCAAGCCAACGGUUACGGCAUGUAA